CAUGAAAUUGUCUCCUUCCUCUUCAUCUCCAAGCUACUUUCCAUAUUUCUUGGCCUCUCUACUCCUAAAAGCCAACGAUACGAAAAAAGAAGAAUGGCGAUCAAGAACCUAGUUGCCCUCGUGGUCAUUCUUAGCGUUGUUGGAGUUUCAGUUGCGCACCCGAAGGGUCUUGACCUCAACUACUACAAACAUAGGUGUCCGGAUGCAGAAGCCAUUGUCCGUAGUGUCACAGUCCAAUAUGUUUCGCGCCAGCCGAGUAUUGCCGCGGCGCUUUUAAGGAUGCAUUUUCAUGAUUGUUUCGUCAGAGGGUGUGAUGGUUCCAUUCUUCUGAAAUCUCCAAACAAGGAUGCGGAAAGAGACGCUAUCCCUAACUUGUCUCUGAGAGGCUAUGAAGUGGUUGAUGCCGCCAAGGCCAAGCUCGAAAAGAAGUGUCCCGGUGUGGUUUCUUGCGCUGAUGUUCUCGCCUUAGUCGCCAGAGACGCCGUCGUCCAGAUCAAUGGACCAUGGUGGCCCGUUCCACUGGGUCGGAGGGAUGGACGCAUCUCAAGACAAUCUGAGGUGAAUCUACCAUCCCCAUUCGCCGGAAUAGCUGCACUGAAGCAGAACUUCUUCGCCAAGGGUCUUAACACAAAAGACCUUGUUGUUCUCUCAGGGGGUCACACCAUUGGAAUCUCUAACUGCGGUCUCGUCAACGGCCGUAUCUACAACUUCACGGGCAAAGGAGAUUUUGACCCGUCGAUGAACCCUAGCUACGUCAGGGCAUUGAAGAAAAAGUGCAAGCCCACUGACUUCACGUCCAAGCUGGAGAUGGACCCAGGCAGUGUCAAGAAGUUUGACUCCCACUACUUCAACGUUGUGGCUCAGAAGAAGGGUUUGUUCACAUCUGACUCUACCCUUCUCGACGACCCUGAGACCAAAAGAUACAUCGACACACAGGUCCAGUCUGCUGGCAAAUCAUUCGCCAAAGAUUUCUCUGACUCUAUGCUCAAACUCGGCUUCGUCGAAAUCCUCACCGGGAACAAGGGCGAGAUCAGGAAGAGAUGCGCCUUCGUUAACUGAGUUUAAGCACUGUCUCUUUGGAUGAUUGAUUCAGCAUUUUCCAUUUAUUCUUUCUUUUGCAUGUUUCUUUCCUACCUCCAAGUCUGUUUUUCAGACAGAGUUUUUUUAUUUACCUUUGUAUCAUGCAUUGGAAAUCUCAUGUUUCUUUGAAUAAUAAUUUACUUUAAAAGAUUCAUAAUCGUUUUGCUAUCGCCGAGAAUGGGCGACAACUACAAAG